UAAACAACAACAAUUACAAAACCGUAAUUAAAUUUUUCAUUAACGUGUUUCUUUUUUGACAAUUACUCGUGUUAAUUUAUUUAUUUUUCUUUGACAUCUAGUUCUAUUUUUCCUUCAUUCCUUCAUGUGUCAAUAUCCAUUGCUUUAUUGAUAAACGGUAGCUUAUUACUACAUGUAACUAUAUCUUCCAACAUCAACUAUCAAUUGUCAUCAUUGUGAUAAUAAUUUCACUGAUUUUACUCCUCUAACCAAACAAACCAUCAAGGAAAAUUCAUCUGUUGGUUUCUAAUCUUUAUUCUACUGUUGGAUUCCAAUCUUAUGCAAAUUGAAUUUUAUACUUUGUGGUUUUUUGCUAAUUCAAUGUUUACUUUAAUUGGUCAAUUUAAUUUUUCUUGACUUUCUUGAUCAGUUUAUUCUGACUCAACUCUACCCACCCCAUUGUCAUUGUAACUGAGUAGCUAAAUUCAUUAGCUAUUCAAUUUUCAGUAUUUCAAGAGCUGUUGUUAGCAUGCAUUGAUCAUCAUUGUUCGGAUAUUUGAGCACAGUUAAUUUCCAAGGUUAACAUGAGUGAAAUGAACACAGAUUCCGGUGGGCGAUUGCUCAAGUUUGACGUCCGAGAAGAUGAAGAGCAGUACCAAAAAUUUCAAGAGAUUAUUCAAAUUUUGAUUGCAGCCGGUUACUUUAGAGCUCGUAUCAAAGGAUUGACAGAUUUUGACAAGGUGAUAGGUGGGAUGACUUGGUGCAUAAUAAUGUGCAGUGUAGAUAUUGAUAUUGAUCUGAUGUAUAGCGAAAAUUUGACCAUUGGACAGAAAAUUGCCUUGACCGAGAAAAUUGUAAAAGCUUUGAAAAGAAUGAAAUGUCCAUUUGCGUUAGAACCUCACCAAAUCCAAGGAAUGGACAGUAAGCACAUAUUUCCUGUGGUUCAAUGGCUUGUAAAAAUGUCUAUUCAAUAUCGACAAGAAAAUGAAGCUUAUAUGAAAAGCUUUGCUGUUAGGAUGUUCAACAAGGAUCACGAUCUAGCUAUAGACCGUGAAAGGAUAUCAGCUCAGGAAAUUGCCAAAUACGAUUUUGUCCAUAAAGAUCCUGAUACCUCUCCAGUCAGAAAAUAUCGUCACCCAAACAAGUCAAAUAUAAAAGAUCCCAAAACUAAUGUUAAAAUAACGAUUCUUGAAUAUAAAGGAUUAGCUGACGUUGAAAACGAAACAACUAACAGUGAAAAGUCGUCCACCAAUGAAUCUUCAGAUGCCAAGGAAAAUGCUCAUUUGAUUGAUGGAAUGCAGCAAGAUAUAAAUCUCAAAAUCAGCUCAAAUAUUGUCGGAUCAAUCUUGAGUGAAAAAUAUGAAGAGCUUAGACAAAUUGCUGAAGAUUAUACAAGGAAUCAACAAAAGUUGAAAGAAAAUUCACUAGAAUAUCGUGAGAAAACAUUGCGUGAAACUCUGGAUGAUUACAAUAAAAGAGUUGAAGAGGCCAUGAAUAUUGAAAAAGAAAAUAAUGAAACAUUAUCAAAUUUAAAAUCCGAAAUCGAGGCAAUCCGAGAUGAACAGCAACAAUUCAGUUUAAAAGUUCAAACCAUGGAUGAGAAUGAGCGUGAAGAAAGGAAACAUUUAUCACUCUUGUUGGAUAAAUUAAAAAAGGAAAAAGAUCUUUUCCAUCAAACCUGUAAGCAAGAAAAGAAGCGCCUUGAAAAGGAAUAUGAAGCUUUAGUAAAUCAAUUAUCGGAAAGUGGAGAUGAAGAUGAAAUUUCACAACAAUUGGAAGAGGAACGGGAAAAAUUCCGUAAAAUUAAGUUACAAUUAGCUGAAAAAAACAAAGAGGUUGCCAUGUUACACCGUAAACUUGAUGAUAUCCCAUCCAGAGCUGAAUUAAAUCAAUAUCAAAAACGUCUGGUUGAAUUAUAUAAUCAAGUUGCUGCUAAACAUAAUGAAACCAAGAAAUUUUAUAUUCUGUAUAAUCAAUUGGAAGACUCUAGAGUUCAUCUUGAUAAAGAGUUGACUCUUUUGGACUCCAUUUUAAAUAAUUACAAUCAUGCCAAUACAAGUCCACAAACAAGGGAUCAAUUUUUGUCUCAAUUUGAACAAAUUGUGGAAAAUAUUAACCAAGCCAAGGUCAAAGUUGAAAAGAAGAAGCAAGUUGAAAAAAUGCGCAAAGAUCAAUUGAAUGAAGUUUAUGUUGAUCUAAUUGAGAGACAACGACAAUAUUACCGAGCUGUUAGAGAAUUAAAAGAGGAAAUGAAGAAAAAUGAAAUUCUAAUCAACUCUGCCAAUAAAUAGUCUUCCUCUCCAGUG